GGCGCCGGCGGUGCGGCCCAGCAAGGUCCCAGGGGGCGGGGCGUGCGCGCCCGGCAGGGUCCUCGGGUCUCCGCGCUGUUGUUCGUCGCCGCCGAGUGCUUCUCCAAUUCUGAUCCUCAGGAUGCUGCUCUCGGCGUUGGGCGGGUCGUGGGCGGCGGGACUGCGGCCUGGCGGGAAGAGGGCGGCCUCGUGGGCGGCCGUCGCGCUCCGAAGUCCCCGGGUGGUUGCCGCGCGGGCAGCCUCCUGCAGCGGGCCGUCGAGGCCGGUGGGCGGCGGGAUCGCGGGACCGUGGGGAGCCGCGCGUCUCCUCCUGCGGCCCGGGCGAGCGCAGAUACCUGCUUGCUGGGAAGGAUGUGUUCGAUGUUCACAUACACAACUUGGCAAGUCAGAAGAUGGAAGGCUGAUUUAUACUGGAAAUUUGGCCCGUGCAGUAUUUGGUGUGAAAUGUUUCUCUUAUUCUACAAGUUUGAUCAGCCUUACAUUUCUACCAUACCUCUUUUCACAAAGCAAUAUAUUUGGAAAUCUGUCUUUGCAAGUCCUAUUUUAUGGUGUUAUAGGAAGCUUUACGGUGAUCACCCCGGCACUGCUUCAUUUUCUUACAAAAGGCUAUGUCAUUCGGUUGUACCACGAGCCCACAACGGACACUUACAAAGCCAUUACUUACAGUGUAGUGCUUUCAGAAACAAGCACAGUGUUUCACCAGAAUGACGUGAAGAUUCCAGACAGCACACAUGUGUUUACCACAUUUUAUGCUAAAACAAAAUCACUGUUAGUUAAUCCAAUGCUCUUUCCAAACCCUGAAGACUAUAACCAUCUAAUGGGUUAUGACAAACCAUUUACUUUUGAUGUAGAAGAAGACAGUGAAAAGAAGCAGCUUGAGGCUGAGAAAUGAGCCUGUUGUUUGUAUAUUUGUGCUUAAAUGUAAUUUAUGUUACCAGGUAUAAAAUUGCCUUUACUUUUGUAUUGUCAUUGUUAAAAAUAAUUUGAAAUUAUCAGAGCUUCUAUUAAUUUUCAGAGAAUGAUCCUUUAUAAUAGAGUAGCUAUGUUUGAAAAAUAAAAAAUAGUCUCAUAUUUGUUUUAGAAAGUGAAUAUAUACACACAUGUUGUUAUAUGCCUAUAUGGUGUAAAUGUGGUUUCUCCUAAACUGAGGAUCAAAUGUCAGAAGCAAACAGGAGUGUUGUGUUUUUCUCUGCAUUUGGAUAUUUCUAAGUGUAUGAAUAUUUUUUUGCCACAUAAAAACAUUUUGAAAGAGUCAUUGUUGUCUGUAGUAAGAAUGUCUAUGUAUAGUUUGUGAUCUGCUAUAAGAGAAAAGAGGAAGGGACGAGAAUACACUCUUCCAGGUCACACUCCAGCAUUUGUGAGGCUGAGGCAGGAGGACUGUUGUGAGUUUGAGGUCAGCCUGGGCUGCAAAGUGAGUUCAAGGCUAGCCUGAACUGCAUAGCAAGACCCUGUCUAAAAAAGACCAAAAAAAAAGCAUCCUGAUGGGAGGAAAGAUACUGACUCCUCACUGCAAAGGUGUUUAUUUAUACCUUUGAGUGACUUAGUGUUACAUUACAUCCUCUUGUCCUAGCAACCCACUGUUCAGAUCUUCCUAGGGCUAGGUGUUCUGUGGGCUGAAGCAGCUGCUUCAGGUGGCUGCCCCAGGAGUUCUUUGUUCUUGAAAUUGUCAUGUUCCAGCCUUGCACAUACGGUCAAUUUCCAGCUUCAAUGGCUCCCAACAACUCAAUAACUAAUUUUGAGUACAUCUCUUUAAAAAAACCCUUUAUUGAAGUUAAGUAUAUAAUUUACACAAAUGUUUAAUCUUCAAGAAACAUUCACAAAAUGCAAAACCAUGAAACAAGUCAUCGGAUACUGCUGCUCUUCAAAACAUAGAUGAUAAGGUCAACUGCAAGGAACAGAAAGUGAUGUCACACUUUUGCAAGGAAUAUGUAACUCCUUAAAUGUCAUAUCCAAGUGAUCAUUUUUUUUCACCUAUGAAAAAGUUUUUAUUAGUUUGUAUAAAUCAGAAGAGUAGGAGGAAAAAAGCACUAAAUGGCAAAGGAGACUUGAAGGACAUGGCUUGGAAUUAGACCACAGGAGGGAUCAGCAAUUAUUUCUACGAAGCAUCAUCAAAAUAAGUCAGCAGAAACUACUUAGACCACAAGGAGAAUAAAAUGCAUGUCCCUGCUUCAUGAUACCAUGCCACCCUCAUCUCAGUGUUCCCUCAAAAAACUGAAGGAAAUGUGUCUCAGAUUGUUUAGGGAAAGUGGUGGUGAGUCUAUUAUUUGAUUCUCAAAAGGGCUAUGAUUGGUAAUUGAUAUGUCUACUUGAGUGGAUCUGGGUGUGUCUUGGAUGAUUUAAGUGUAUGUCACAAACUGAACAUGGAAGAUCCACCUUCAGUGUGGGUGGCACCAACCAAUAGGCUGUACGUUGGAUGAAAUACAAAGUAAAAGAAGGAGGUCUUCCCUUUUGUUACUUUGGAGGAUUUCCAGUCUUCAUUGCCUUUGGAUGUUGGGCUCCGUUCUUUCAGGGUACGGUUUUUCAACACAAACACUGACUUUCCAAUACAAACCUGCCCUGGACUCUGCAGUGAGCUCCAAGCCUUACAUCCUCUGGGAUUCUCCAGCUCUCCAGCAGGUAGUCAUUUUGCAUUCUUCCACCACUGAUUUCGCUACAGCCAUUGUAAGCCUUCCUUGUAAAUAUUUGAUAUAAUCAUAUAUAUAUAUAUAUAUAAAUCUUUUCCACUAGUGAACCUAGCUGAUAUGAGAGUGUAUACAUCUAUGCUAUAUCAUAAUAAAUGCAAUCACAACAAAAA